CUGCUGCAGUAGAUAAAUCGUAAGUCUAACAUGACAGAUAUCCUGCUUUCACAUCACACAUUCAAACAAUAACCAAACGUUAAAGAAAAUAAAAAAUAGAGGAGCAAAGACCAUAUAGACAUGGAGAAGCGAAGAAAAUGAAAAAAACAAAACCCAAAUCAUCGAGAGGAAAAAGAAUAUAGGUACAUAACACCACCACCACCCUGAAUUCGUGAAUUCAGAGAUGAUAAAUACGAUUACGUUAUAUGUAUGUUUAGGCAAGGCAGGAGCGUAGCCGUAGCCGUCGCAUUGCGCCUCUCCUUGUCAGCAUCCUGCUGCCAAAAGAGAUGCACCUCGUGUAGGAGAAAUGAAAUUAUUACCCCUGAAAGCGAUUGCAUUCGCCAGUCAUCGCUCCCCACUCCGAGGUUUUAUUAUCACGUUAUUGGUGUAGGACGGACACGCCUUCAUAAAGUGUUGGUGUUUUGGCGGCCGCUAAGAAGUACUAGCUUUCUUGGACGGUAGGUACAGGAAAGCGUCGUCCUACCACUACGAAUACCGAUAAUGAAUUUACGUUAGUUUAACUCGUUGUAGUCGAACCUCGACAGCGUGUCUGUGCGCGCCUGUAAAUAUUUUUCAUAUUACACUUUUAUUUAUAAUAAUAAUAAUUGCGCGAACGAUAAUAAUGAUAAUGAAAAUAUGACGUCGGAUAUACGCGUUUUGUUUGAUUUUUUACGCGGGAUUGUUUUAAUUAUUUUCAAUUUUUAGUUUGUUUUUUUGGUUUGGUUUUUCUUCGAGUUCGAUUUCUUUUUCUCUUUUUCAUUUGUUGAAUCGUUUUAUUAUAUUAUUGUUUCUUUUUUUUUGAGUUCAUUUUCAUUUUUUUUUUCAUUUUUUUUUUUUUUUUUUUUUUUUUUGGAAAGAAAUCAAGUUUGUCAAUCUCGUGUUGUGGAUUUUAUAUAAGAUCAUAUUGAUCAAUGAGCACGUUUGACUACCGGUUUGUUGUGGUUUUUGAGCGAUCGAGAUCACGAUGACAGUGGCUUCGCAGAUGCCAAAUUCGAUGUUAUCAUUUUGAUGGUUCAAACGUGGAGGAAUUACAACUUUGCAAGUUUUGUGUACGUGCUUUUUCGAUGCAAAUGUGCGCGGUUUAAUGAAAUUUUAUCAUCUAUGAUGGGUAUUUUUCUAUUUUAAAGACUCGGUGUUGUGCAGUAUUAUGAGUCGUUUUAUCGACGAAGCUGUAAUAUUGAUCGCGAUUUAACGUGUAUGUGUCAUUCGAUCAUGUAUUGGUUCUGGCCAUCACUGAGCAACAGCGACUCCAUCAGCUGAAAUAAGCAUAUUGUAAUUUCUCUGCUUCUCGAGAUCACCGAACGAGUCGAAAUAUCUGGAAAGAUCAAGCAUGUCUCGGCGUAAACAAGCUAGACCUAUCAAAGUUCUAGAGUCAGAAGAAGGAUUCAAUACUGAUAUGACGGCGUUAAAUUUAUCAAACAGUUUAGCCAACAGCGAAGCAGACAGUUGUAGCGACCAUUCCUCGCAAUCCGAUUCCGACCCGGAAGACCUGCAGCAGCAGCAGCAGUCGUACGAUAUGAAAAUGCUGGAAAACUCUCCGUCCAAAAACGGCAUCGCCUCGAAUCCGGUCUUCGAACGUCUGAAAUCCACGUCAGCAGUGCAAUACGAAAACUUCUCGAAAACCAUGGACGUUACCAAAAAAAUGGUUCGUUCGGCCGUCGUCGCAAACGACGCGUUCGUCAAAGUACCAUCUUCGCUAAACGCCAGCUUCGAGUUCGACGACAACACGGUAGCAGCAAUGGCGAUGGCGGUUGUAACCGAAGAAGCUGACGACGAAGAUAACGACGAGAACGACGACUUAUGCGACGCCAACGAGUACACCAACGAAGAAGAAGCCGAACUACAAGUAAAAGUCAAUCACCACGUCGAAACCGAAGCCGAUAAUAAUAACAAUAAUAAUAACGACGACGACGAUGGUGAUGGCGACGAUAAUAAUGAUGACGACGUCGUCGACGACGAUGAUGAAGGCAACGGCGACGAUGAAGAAGAUGGCGUCGCCGCUGGCAGCGGUCUAGGCGAUGACGCCGAAGCCGAAGCUGGCAGCACUGAUAACGAUAUCCAGCAGCCAGACGAUGAAAAGAAACCAUCACCGCAUAAACGAUUAAAGCAGAGGAGUAGCUGCGAAGAAAACGAUAAUAAUAAUAACAACAAGGAUCGGUACGAAGAACAACAACAACAACAACAGGAAGACAGCGGCGUGACCGGAGUGACCGGAGGCGUCUGCGAUAGCGAAUCUGCCAACCAGUUACCAUCUUCGGCUUCGGCCGCUUCGUCGUCGUUUCGAUACGCGUUACCAGCUAGUCACGUGACCUUGGAGGCGUUACAGAAUACCAAAGUGGCGGUAGCUCAGUUCGCAGCUACCGCUUUGGCCAACAGUGCUGAUAAUCCUGCCGCGUUGCAAGAAUUCGCCGUUCUGCAAUCGCACCUGUAUACGUUGCAGCAUCAACAUCUGAUGCAUAUAAAUAUCAUACACCAGCUGCAACAGCAAUUGAAAAUAACCAGAUCUUCCAGUACUACUAGUACGAGUAAUUUGAAUAGCAGUAGUAGUAGUAAUAAUAAUAGUAAUCGUAGUACUACGCAUCACCAUAGCAGUAAUACUACAGAAGGCGGUAGUAAUAGCAGCAAUAAUAAUAAUAAUAUCAGCAGUAGUACUACUAGUAGUAGUAACAGCAACAACAACCAUCACGUUCAUCAGAACGAUAUCGGCAGCGGCAGCACAAGCAGCAGCAGCCAUCAUCAUUAUCAUAAUCAGCACUAUUACCAGCAUCAUCGUCCGCAAUCCUGUUCUAGUCCUCCGUUCACAACGCGAUCCGAAUGCGGCGAAGCGACCAGCAUCCUUUCACCUAGCAACGUGCCCAUACCUUUGGUUGUAACGCGAUCGUCGUCUCCGUCACCUAGCAUCGUGUUAACGCCUCCAAAAUCUAGUCGAACGCCGACACCGGUCAAACAAGAAUCCGGCUUCCCUUUGGCUUCCGUUUCGCCACCAACGUCUCAACCUUUGCUCUCCACAGCCUCUUCGGCUGCCAGCAAAACGUGCUCCACCAGUAGUGUGGCCAUCAAUCCAACGCAACCAACCUCUCUACCGCCUUGCUCGAUCUCUUCGUCGUUCGCUUCGUCCAUCAUCACGAACCUAGACCCGCCUCCAUCGCCUAGCGAACCGAAUACGCUGGAGAUGCUGCAAAAACGCGCUCAAGAAGUGCUAGACAACGCUAGUCAAGGCCUGUUGGCCAAUAACCUCGCCGACGAGUUGGCCUUCCGCAAGAACGGAUCUAACGGCAAAGGCGGCUCGUUAUCGCCGUACGAUUCGAAAGGAGGCGGUGGCCGAAACGAACCUUUCUUCAAGCACCGAUGUCGUUACUGCGGCAAAGUAUUCGGCAGCGAUUCCGCCCUGCAGAUCCAUAUACGAUCGCAUACCGGCGAACGUCCGUUCAAAUGCAACGUCUGCGGCAGCAGGUUCACCACUAAGGGUAAUCUAAAGGUACACUUUCAAAGGCAUACAGCUAAAUUCCCUCAUAUCAAAAUGAAUCCGAAUCCGGUACCGGAGCAUUUGGAUAAAUACCAUCCUCCGUUACUGGCGCAGAUGAACAAUCACCAAAAUCUACCUCCCGGUAUCGCUGCCGUAGCUGCAGCAGCGGCCGCCGCAGCUGCCGCCAAUCAUCACGUCAGUAUACCGUUGAGCUCACCAGGGCAGCAGUUCGGCCCAGCUAAUACGUCAUCGUCGGCGUUUACCAAUAGUCUAUCGCAUUUGUACGGAAGCAGCGCCGCAGCUGGAGGUGGUAGCAACAGCAGACCGGAGUCGCAAAGUGGUCACGAUGCUCACGGCGGCUCUAGAUUAUUACACGAUUCGUCUUCGUCUCCGCUACUCAAACCACUGGUACCGUUCCCGUUCUUCGGUGCUGUUGCUGCUGCGGGCCAGCUGAACAACGAACAAGACCAGCCGGAGAAUCUGUGCAGUAAACCGACGGCAGCGUCGAGUAAUCAUUCGUAUUCGCCUCCGUCGCUCUCCGAACACAGUCCUUAUAAGCGUGAGCUGACCGAAGACGAAGAAACGCAAGCUCUAUCCGAGACUAGCGAAACGAACACCAACGAGUUCAGGCAACGUAGCUCGAGCGCCGGAGAUCGACGCCAGUCCAGACAAAUGUACGGUGGUGGUGGUCGAACGACCGACGCCGAUGAAGAAAUGGAGUACGAGAACAGCGUCGUCCACGAAGACGAUAAGAUGAUGACUAGCAGCGGUAAACAUUCUCCGCAUAUGGAUAGCGGCGACGAGAACGCUCAAGACAGAUGUACCAGUUCGCCGUUCGAAGAAGAAGACUGCAGCGUCGCCAGCAAGUACAGCAACGACGAUCAACGAUCACCGAUGAGCGCAGAUGGAAGAGUAGCCGCCGCUGGUCUCGAUGCGGCGUCGCUGAUAACCAGGAGUAAUCUGCUGGCAGCGGCGGCCAAUCACCAUCAUCAUCAUCGAGCAACGACUGGGACGGGUGAAGACAGCUACCAGGAUCAGCCGGAGAAUUUGUCGAAUAAAAGUAGGUCUGAAAUUAACGAAUUAUCUCUAGAUGGUCGAAAAUGUCUUUCGCAGUCGUCUUUUCCUUCUCCUAGGCUGCUGUCGCCGGCCAGCUCGGUCUCGUCGGCCGACAGUUUCGAUAGGUAUUCGGCCUGUACGCCGCUAGGACCGUAUCCCGAUUCCGAUCCGUCUAAAGAUCCGUUCCUCUAUACUAACUUCCUACCGCGACCCGGCAGCACAGAUAACUCGUGGGAGAAUCUGAUCGAAAUCAAUAAAACCAGCGAAACGUCCAAACUGCAAGAGCUGGUCGAUAACAUCGGCCACAAGCUCACCGAUCCCAACGAAUGCGUAGUCUGUCAUCGUAUUCUGUCGUGUAAAAGCGCCCUACAAAUGCACUACCGCACCCAUACCGGCGAACGACCGUUCCGGUGCAAAAUAUGCGGUCGCAGUUUCACCACCAAGGGUAACCUAAAGACCCAUAUGGGCGUGCAUCGCAUCAAACCGCCGGUACGAGUGCACCAUCAGUGCCCGGUGUGCCAUAAAAGGUUCACCAAUAGCUUGAUUCUGCAGCAGCAUAUCCGUCUCCAUACAGGAGAACCGACUGAUCUCACUCCGGAGCAAAUACAAGCUUCGGAAAUACGCGAAUAUUUUCCUCCCCUGCAUGGCGGUCCCGUUGCGGCCGUAGCAGCCGCAGCGGCCGCCGCCGCAGCAGCGCAUCAAAUGAACGCUUCGAAUUUUGUGAUACCGAAAAUCUUACCGAUGGCGGCGUCCAACGUGCCCUAUAAAUUGGCCGCCAUCGAGUACGGUUGCCCUAAACCGAGCCAUCAUCACGAGUCGUCCGAUCCUCUGCGUCUAGUCAAAAGCGAAGAAGACGAAUCUGCCAACGCCAAAUUGACCUCGCCUAGUCGACGAUCUACGAGUAGAAAUAGUCACGGAGAUGUGGACGAUGACGAUGAUGACCACGAUCACGUCGACGACGACGAUGAUGACGAUGUCGAUGAAGAUACACGUAACGACGACGGCGAUAACGUCGACGAUCGAGUCGGAAACGUGGUCGAUGGCGCAGCUGGCAACGAGAGCGAUCGUAACGACGUCGAAGACGACGAAGAUCGAGAUCAAAAUGAUAACGACGACGUCGACGACGACAAUGGUGGCGAUGGUGGCGCCUCAGCUCUAUCAAAUUUAAGCACGUCUCUGACGGCGUUAGAAAACCACGUAAAAACAGUCACCACGAUGUCUUCGCAUAUGGCCAUGGUCAGCAUGACUCAAUCGUUCGUAAACCUAUGCAGUAAACUUACGCACAGCUCGCAAAGUGGUGUUGGCGUUGGUGUUGUAGGCGACGAUAAAGCUACCAACACGACAGCAGCUCAUCAUAAAAGGACUCACAAUAUAGAAAGUCCGGAACAUUGCGCAGCAGCUGGGCUAUCGUCUCCUCUGAGCACGAGAGGGCUAUCUCCGGCAGCUUUAUCGGCUGCCGAAGAAGAUGACGGGUCGCCGGCGACCGAUGCUACCUCGUCGCUGAGUAAUUGUACGGUCUCGACGCCGUUAGACUUGACUCCCAAGUCGGGCAACUCUCCGUCCAUGAUGGCGUCUUCGUUGGCAGCCGCCGCGGCCGCUGCUAACCUAUACGCCGCGAAUAACGGUCCGGUCAACGCCACGGCCGCGUUCCCGUUCGGUAAUAGCUCGUCGCCUACCGCUACGUCGUCCAAUAGUACGCCGCCUUUAAUAUCGUCCGUAUUAAGCACCUCGUUUAAUCCGCUCGGUCUGGCUGUCGCAUCAUCAGUACGUGGAAACACUACGUGCAGUAUCUGCUAUAAAACGUUCGCUUGCAACUCGGCGUUGGAAAUUCAUUAUAGAAGCCAUACGAAAGAGAGACCAUUCAAGUGUACCGUCUGUGAUAGAGGUUUCUCAACCAAGGGUAAUAUGAAACAGCACAUGUUAACUCAUAAGAUACGCGACAUGCCGUCUCAUCUGUUCGAGAAGACGUCGCCGGCGUCGACGUCAUCGUCGCAAGCGCAUCAAGCGGUCAGCGUAGCGUCCUCGCUGGUAGACGAGACCAGCAACACCAGCAGCAUCGAGAGCAAAGACGCGUCAAUGUCGGCGGCCAGUUCGCAAGCGGCGGUAAAUGCGAUGGGUCUGCGAUGUGUACCAAUCGAGUCGUUGACGUCUCUGCAGAAGGCUGCGGCGGCGGCGGCCGCUGCGUCUACGUGUUCGUCGGCUCUGUCUUCGGUAGCUUCAACGGUGGCCGCGGUUCUUCCUACCACGCUGGCUAGUUCCAUAUCCGAAGCCAUAACGGCUGCGGCUGUCGUACCUUCGGCGCAGAAAAGAUCGCCGGAUAAUGAUUCCGCUUUACCAGUUCCUAAAAGGCAGCCUAGUCUUCCUAAACAUUUAUGCCCAGUAUGUCAUAAGAACUUCUCGUCGUCGUCGGCUCUGCAAAUUCACAUGCGAACUCAUACCGGAGAUAAACCAUUCAGAUGUACCGUAUGCGCCAAAGCAUUUACUACCAAAGGAAAUCUCAAAGUACAUAUGGGAACGCACGUUUGGAAUAAUGGAGCUUCGAGACGAGGGCGCAGAAUGUCCCUAGAAUUACCAUCGCUGCCGUUAUCCAGCAAAGAACCUCAAACUGAUCUCUUUCACAGGCGUCCGGACUUAUUUUACCCUUACCUGCCUACACCGUUCCUGAAUGGCGUUCAUCAAAAACUAAACGAAAUGUCCGGUAUGCAAAACGUAAGCGCUAAUUUAACGAACGGAUUUUUUCCCUUCGGCGGCGGUAAUGGCGGAAGUUAUACGGCAUCUUUGAACGAAUUGAAAAGACCCCCGUCGCCUAUCUCGCCAACUUUACCAAAUAUAAAUACCAGUAGACAUUUAAAUUCCGAUUCUCAUUCGGCCGCAUCUUCGCCUUGGAAUUUACACUUCGAACGUAAAACAAUAGACGAAAGUGUCGAAACGUGUACACCUUCCCCGCCUCAUCAGUCUCAGCAUCCUACCCACGGCGAAGGAUUAGCAGCCUAGUUUUAAUUCUUUCUUUUCUUUUCGUAUCUAUUUUUUUUUCUCUCCUCUCAUUUUUACGACAUUCUUCUCUGAAUUUAUUGUAUAAUUUUAUUAAGUGAUCGUAUAAUAUGAAAAAAAUGUACCUAAUUUUAUGUACCUAUGUGUGUUUGUGUGUGUGUGUGUGUCUUCGUCUUUGUAUAAAUUAUUUACGCGAUUUGUAAUUUAUUAAUUUUUUUUUUUUUUUUUGAAUUAUUAUCUCGUUUUGUGUCGUCUCGUUUGUUUUUGUCUUAUUAUUUUUUUUCUUCGUUUAUUUAUUUGUUUUGUUUUUUUCUUCUUUAUAUUAUUAUAUGUCUUUUGUACUUGAUUAUUUUACGCACAGAAUACGACGUACGAGUACAUCGUCGUCUGUGUUACGACGUUCAAAAUGAAAUAUUAGUAUUUCGUUAUUGUUAUUUUUUUUAUUUAUCGUUGUGGUAAAAUAAUGAAUUAUUUAUCGAGUAAUUUCGCACGUUCGAGUACAUGAAAAAUUGAUAUUUAUACUUAAAUAGGUACAUAAUUACAUACUUGAAAAUAUUUUUGUUUAUUGUAACAUAUCGUAGAGCAUUUGUAAACAUAUCAGCGUAUUACAUCUACAGUGAUAUCUAAAGUACAAGUUAAAAUUAAUUUUUUUUCAUCAUAUUUUACCUUUAGGUAUUAUUUUAUUUGUAAUUUGAUUUUUUUUCUCGAUUUUAUUAUUUACAUCAUUGCCACUCUUUUUAUUAUUCUCUUUUUAAACGCACAUUUUUUUUUUUUAAAUUAAUAAUUACAAAUUUAACGUCGUAAAAAAAUCAAAAAUUGAACGUUGCCUUUAAAAAAAAAAUUCAAAUGCUGUACUUACUUUAUCUGGUAAUUUAUGUAAUUUUUUUGAUUGAAAUUUUUUUGCCAAGACUUUCAAUUCGAAUUUACGAAUAAUUAAUUCGAAAAAUUAACGUUUUUCAAUGAAUUUAUCUCUAGAUAAAAUUAAACAUGAUUUAAUUCGAUUUUAAUCAAAAAUCACACCGUAUUGUAUUUUUUGAAAAUUUAAAUUGCUUUCGAAUUCGAAGUGAAAUAAUCAAAACGAUUCAUUGUCCAAAUAUCAAUGACCCGUGAAACACGUCGCUUUUUUUCAAAUCACAUAUCCGCUUAUUUGGACUCGUUUUACCAAUGAAUUUUAUUAUUUUAACAAUAACAACGGCGAUUUACCUACCUUUUGUUAAUUUUAAUCGUUUGUAAAAAAUAUUACGGUACUUUUUACCUACCUACGUUUCGGCAUUUGUAAUAUUAACGUGCGUUUAUCGUUCGUAAUCGUGGUGUGAUUGAAGUUAUUAAUUACCUUACGUUGCAAAAACUACUUAAGUAUUUAAUGUGAUAGUACCUAUUUUGGUUCGGUUUCGAUUCCACGACCAUGAUCGGUAUUAAAAAAUCUCAUUCUGCCUUUUUGAUCUGUUCGCACGAUUAAUUAGUAGUAUAUUCGUUGUUUUUAUUUUAUACAUUCCUAAUUUUUACGAUAAACGAUUAUAUAUUGUAUUUUUUUUUUUAAAAACGCGAACAUGGCGAAAAAACAUAUUUUUCUUAUCCAUCCGACUUUAAAGUUCGUCCUUUCGAAAUUCGAAUAUAUCAUCUUGAGGUUUUUUUUCUCUCUUUUUAUCUUUAAUAAUUAUUACGAUUCGUUUGUUUAUGUUUUUUGUUUAUUUAUUUCUUUUGUUUGAAAUUUCGUACGAUAUGCAUUUCUCAUUUUACCUAUUACUUCUAUAUGCUAUUAUUACUACUGCGUUUGUACAGAUUUAAUUUAUUAAUUAAUUAGUAUUAUUACGAAUUUUUUUAAAUAAUGAUGUAGCGCUAUCUGUUCCUAAUUUCAUACUCGGCUCUAGUCUAUAAAAAUUUAUUUUCGUGUAGUUACAAGUUGUUAAUUUAAUAUUUUUUUACGAGGUAAGGUUUCUAAAAUAAUGAAGAAAAAAAAAUUGUAUUAUUCGAAUUACGUAGCACGCGUUCAACGAUUUAUCAAUUUACUUACUUAAUCGAAAUAUGCUAAGUAGAUAUUUAAGAUUGUUACUUUCAUCUAUGUUUAAAAAAUUUUGUUUAGAAAUUUGCAAAGGAUUUAAAAUAAUAUCUGAAACAAAAACCUCGGCUGCUUUCGGGACUGAUAUUUUGUAAUUUGAAUAUUGUAUUUUUGUAACGAUUACGUCGUGAUUCCAAAUGUCCAUUUUCUGCUUGAAAUUUUUUUUUUUUAAAUUUACAAAAUUUCUCCAAAUACCUACACUGAUGUAAAACACAUUUUCAGCCCGAGAUUAUGAAGUACCUUCGUAGAUGAAAUUAAUAUCAAUAGUUGUGGUUUUUUUUUUAGCGUAUAAUGAAACAAAAAUACAUAGAUUACCUAGAGGAAUAUUAAUUUAAAUACACAAAUAUUGCGUAACUACUUUUAAAAAUAUACCUAUGUAAAUUGACGAUAAAUAGCGAUAGCGUUAUUACGAUGCUCGUUGGGAAAUCCAUUUUAUUCACUUGUAAAUAAUUAUCAUUGAUUUUUGUUUCCAUUUGUAUUAUAUUUAUAUACAUUUGUACAUAGACGGUUCUUGUAUUACAAUCGGAAAUAUUUUAUUGAAUUUAUUACGAUUGAAAAUACAAAAAAAAUGUUAAUUUCA